CAUGGGUUUGAGCGGCUGGAAUAUAAAAGUCGCUGAAUGUAAUCAUAUAAGCGUUUUCUUCUUUCAUACAUUAUUUCUCUCCAACAACCUGUAUUUCUGUACCAAACUGUAAACUUUUUGUUGAAGGCUACUCGAAUACCAUACCAUAAACAGUCACCAUGGCAGGAGCGAAUGACACCGUGAGAGUGGAGUACAAGGGACGCAUUGCAAUUAUCACUAUCGAUAACAAGAAGAAGCUGGGUGCAUUGGAUGCCGAUGGAUAUUACCUACUAGCCAAGUAUAUGCGUGAGGUAGCAACACAUGACGAAGUUAUCAUCACAGUGUUAACAGGAACCGGAGGCUUCUUCUCUGCCGGCGCGGACGUCACAGUUGGUCGUGAAGUCUCCCCAGGAACCGAUCUCUACCGCAGUACCCUGAGCGGUUUCGUCUCCAACAACCUCAACAUCACCCACGCCUUCUACUCUCACCCAAAACUCCUUGUCGUCGCCCUCAAUGGCCCCGCCAUCGGCCUCUCCGCUGCCCUGACCGGAUUCGCGGAUUUCAUCUACGCAACCCCAAACACCUUCCUCCUCACGCCAUUCUCAUCCAUCGGCUUAGUCGCCGAGGGCGGUAGCUCCAUUGGGUUUGUGCAGCGACUCGGUAUUAGCAAGGCCAAUGAGGCCCUUAUUCUGAGCAAGAGGAUCGGCAUCGAGGACUUGGUUUCGACCGGGUAUGUCAACAAGGUGUUCGAUUUCAAGAAGGGCGACCCCAAGUUCCUGGAGGCUGUUCUGGCCGAGAUUGAUGACAGCAUGGGCGACCACCUGGUCGGAUCCAGUUUGACCAAGAUCAAGGCGCUCAUCCAGAAGCCGAUGAGGGAUAGGCUGGACGCGCAGGGAGUGGCUGAGGUUUUCGGCGGCUUGGAGAGGUUCAUGGCUGGGAUUCCCCAGGCGGAGUUCAGGAAGCUCGCAAGUGGAGAGAAGAGACAUAAGUUAUAGAUGCGC